AGAGUCACCGAUAUGCAGGUCGACUCAUCUGACCAGACAGUGGGUAGACCACAGCCAAGACCAGCCGGCAACACGAAAGAGAACAUCUUUUUGUUCAUCCCAAAUCUUAUAGGCUAUGCACGAAUAAUCCUCGCUGUAGUGUCUCUCUACUUCAUGCCAAUUCACCCUCGCCGCUGUAGUGCUAUCUACGCAACAUCAUGUCUUCUCGACGCACUCGAUGGCUAUGCAGCUCGAAAAUUGGAUCAAGGCACUAAAUUCGGUGCUGUGCUCGAUAUGGUGACCGAUCGAUGUACGACCACUUGCAUGCUUGUGUUUCUGGCUACUGCAAUGCCUAGAUGGGCUAUGCUGUUCCAAUUGCUCAUAAGUCUUGAUCUGGCGAGCCAUUAUGUGCAUAUGUAUGCUACACUCAGUAUGGGUGGCAGUGAGCAAAGCCACAAGAAAAUUGUUUUGUUUACGCUCUGUUUGAUGAAUGAGCUGUUCUUUAUCGCCUUGUAUCUCCUCACUUUUGCUGAUCAAGAUACUUCGCUGGUAGAGUCUCAGAUGAGGGCAAUCGUCCAAAGCCAGCCAUGGUCCGCAGGAGCAAUGGAAGUUGCUCGGGCAAACAAGAUUCAAAGUUCUGUGCCAACGGUACUAGUGUGGCUGUCUCUAUUCCCGAUGCUGAUUAAGCAAUGGAUCAAUGUGCAGCAACUAAUCAUUGCAUGUCAAUGGCUUGCUGAAGGUGACGCUGCAGAGCGUGCAAGACGAGACUAG